AUGGACCGGCUUACUGGCGGCGGCGCCAACGAAUACCCCCUUCCCCUCUACAACGGCAAAGACGUGCCGCGCCUGUCGACGCCACAGCCCAGCGGCCGCGACGAUUACCACGGCCGCCGGUCACGAUCACCAAACCAUACCUCACUCACCCACGGCCUGACGCCUGUUGAGGGCAUGGCCCGCCUGCGCGACGGCGCCAACGAGAUCCCCCACGACCCCCCAGAGCCGUUGUGGCUGCGCUUCCUCGGCCAGUUCAAGGAGCCCCUGAUUAUCCUGCUGCUGAUCUCGGCCGGUGCGUCGGAGUACCGCUCGGAAAAGUCCAUUGAAGCCCUCAACCACCUCGUCCCCGACCACGCCCACCUCAUCCGCACCGCGGCCAAAGACGCGACGCCCGGCGCGCGUCCCUCGCCCCUGUCCGACCUCGACACCGUCAGCGGCACCGUGACGCCGACCGAGGAGGUCAUCCAGGCCACGUCGACCAAGGUCCUCGCACAGCAGCUGGUGCCCGGCGAUUUGGUGCUGUUCACCACGGGCGACCGCAUCCCGGCCGACAUUCGCAACGAGCCCGUGCGCCUGACGUCCGACGUGCGCUCCCGCGUCAGCCUGCCCUUCUCGCCUGGCGUCCAUCCCAACCUCUCGGCCAGCGCCGACAGCCACCACAACGACAAGAACAUUGCGUACAUGGGCACGCUGGUCAAGUCGGGCCACGGCCAGGGCAUCGUCUUUGCGACGGGCGGCAAUACGCACUUUGGCACCAUCUCGCUCAGCGUCUCGGGCACCGAGAGCCCGCGGUCGCCCCUGCAGCUGUCCAUGGACGACCUGGGCGCCCAGCUCAGCAAGUUCUCGUUUGUCGUCAUUGGUCUCAUCUCGCUGAUCGGCUGGCUGCAGGGCAAGGGCCUGCUCGACAUCUUCACAAUUUCCAUUUCGCUCGCCGUGGCCGCCAUUCCCGAGGGCCUGCCGAUCAUUGUCACGGUCACGCUGGCGCUGGGCGUGCACCGCAUGGCCAGUCGCAAUGCGAUUGUGCGCAAGAUGCCCAAGGUCGAGACGCUCGGGUCGGUCAAUGUGGUGUGCACGGACAAGACGGGCACGCUGACGAUGAACCACAUGACGGUCACGAAGCUGUGGUACUUUGGCCGCGCGUCGCCCGUCGAGGUGGACGCCGAGGAGGACGUCGCAGAGGCCAAGCCGGAUGCCGCGGCGACGCGCAUCCUGCGCAUCGGCAACAUUGCCAACAACGCGCGGCUGUCGCGCCGCUACCGCGAGAACGGCGCGGGCGCGCGUGCCGUGCUGUCGUCGACGCUCAACCAGGAGGACGGCCCGCUCUCAGUCAGCCGCUGGGUGGGCCAGCCGACCGAUGUGGCGGUCAUGGACCUCGUGGACCGCUACAAGGAGCACGACGUGCGCGACGCCAUUGGCCCGCGCGUGGUCGAGACGCCCUUCAGCUCGGAGCGCAAGUGGAUGGGCGUGACCAUUGGCAGCAACAACAGCGACGGCAGCGGCGGCGGCGGCGGCGGCAACAACAACAAUACGAAUAGCAACAAGAACGACAAGGAGUUUGCGUACAUCAAGGGUGCGCUCGACCGCGUGCUGGAGGCCUGCGACACCUACGUGUCCGACGACGGUCGCGAGUUUGUUCUCGACGGCAAGCGCAAGCAGGAGGCGAUCGAGGAGGCCGACAAGCUGGCGUCGCAGGGCCUGCGUGUGAUUGCGUUUGCCAGCGGCCCCGUCAGCAAGUCGUCCAAGAGCCGGGCGGCGGCCGCGGCGGCCGACAAGGACAAGAGCGGCCACCACGUCGUCUUCAGCGAUGAGCCGUACAAGGGCCUGACCUUUGCGGGCCUCGUGGGCAUGAGCGAUCCGCCGCGGCCGGGCGUGGGCCGGUCCAUCCGCAAGCUGAUGCGAGGCGGCGUCAAGGUGAUUAUGAUUACGGGCGACGCGGAGACGACGGCGCUUGCCAUCGGCCACCAGCUGGGCAUGUCGAUUGCCCGGCCGGUGGAGCACGCCGCGAACCAGGUGGCCGUGCACCCGGUGCUGCGCGGCGAGGACGUCGAGGCGCUCUCCGAACAGGACCUGGCGCAGGCGAUUCAGCAGACGACCAUCUUUGCACGGACGAACCCGGACCACAAGAUGAAGAUCAUCCGGGCGCUGCAGGCGCGGGGCGACAUUGUGGCGAUGACGGGCGACGGCGUCAACGACGCGCCGGCGCUCAAGAAGGCGGACAUUGGUAUUGCCAUGGGCCGCCACGGCACCGACGUGGCCAAGGAGGCGGCCGACAUGAUCCUGACCGACGACGACUUCUCGACGAUUCUGCAUGCGAUCGAGGAGGGCAAGGGCAUCUUCAACAACAUCCAAAACUUCUUGACGUUCCAGCUGAGCACGAGCGCGGCGGGCCUGUCGCUGGUGCUGCUGUGCACCUGCCUCGGCUUCAAGUCGCCGCUCAACGCCAUGCAGAUUCUCUGGAUCAACAUCAUCAUGGAUGGCCCGCCGGCGCAGUCGCUCGGCGUCGAGGCCGUGGACCGCGACGUCAUGAAGCGCCCGCCGCGCAAGCGCAACGACCCCGUGCUGACGCGCGCGCUGAUCCGCCGCGUGGCGCAGUCGGCGUUCAUCAUCAUGGUCGGCACGAUGCUCGUGUAUAAGCACGAGAUGGAGGACGGCGCCGUCGUCACGCGCCGCGACACCACCAUGACCUUUACGUGCUUUGUGCUGUUUGACAUGUUCAACGCGCUGACGUGCCGCUCCGAGUCCAAGUCGGUGCUGCGCGGCGAGGUCGGCCUGUUCACCAACGCGCUCUUCAACUGGGCGGUGUCGCUGAGCCUGGCGGGCCAGCUGCUGGUCAUCUACUUUCCCUGGCUCCAGGAGGUCUUCCAGACGGAGGCGCUGGGCCUGGGCGACCUGUUCAAGCUGGUGCUCCUCUGCAGCACCGUCUUCUGGGCGGACGAGCUGCGCAAGUGGUACCGGUACGGGCGGCACAAGCGGUACGGCACGCCCUUUUCACAGGCUGUGUAA